GGACCCUGUGGGGACUGAGAUCCAGCUCACCCAUGCCUAUUUCCUGUAAUGGAUGAACUUGAUGCUAAUGUGAGUUCCAAGGAGGGUUUUGGGUCAGUGGAGAAGGCCGUGCUGCUCGCGUUUCUCUCAGCGGUUAUCCUAACGGCCAUCUUGGGGAACCUGCUGGUGAUGGCGGCUGUGUGCAGGGACAGGCAGCUCAGGAAGAUAAAAACCAAUUAUUUCAUUGUAUCUCUCGCCUUUGUGGAUCUGCUGGUUUCGGUGCUGGUGAUGCCCUUUGGUGCCAUCGAGCUGGUUCAAGACAUCUGGAUUUAUGGGGAGAUGUUUUGCCUCGUCCGGACAUCUCUAGACGUCCUGCUCACGACGGCAUCGAUUUUUCACCUGUGCUGCAUUUCUCUGGAUAGGUAUUAUGCCAUCUGCUGCCAGCCUCUGGUUUAUAGGAACAAGAUGACCCCUCUGCGCAUCGCAUUAAUGCUGGGAGGCUGCUGGGUCAUCCCUAUGUUUAUCUCUUUUCUCCCUAUAAUGCAAGGCUGGAAUAAUAUUGGCAUAAUUGAUUUGGAAAGGAUAUCCAAGCCAAGGCUGGGCCAGGAUUUGCAUGUGAUAGAGAAAAGGAAGUUCAACCAGAACUCUAACUCUACCUACUGUAUCUUCAUGGUCAACAAGCCCUACGCCAUCACCUGCUCCGUGGUGGCCUUCUACAUCCCGUUUCUCCUCAUGGUGCUGGCCUAUUACCGCAUCUAUGUCACAGCGAAGGAGCAUGCCCACCAAAUCCAGAUGUUACAACGGGCAGGAGCCCCCUCAGAAGGCAGGCCCCAGCCAGCCGACCAGCACAGCACUCAUCGCAUGAGGACAGAGACCAAGGCAGCCAAGACCCUGUGCAUCAUCAUGGGUUGCUUCUGCCUCUGCUGGGCUCCAUUCUUUGUCACCAAUAUCGUGGAUCCAUUCAUAGACUACACCGUUCCUGGGCAGGUGUGGACGGCUUUCCUCUGGCUUGGCUACAUCAACUCUGGGUUGAACCCCUUUCUCUACGCCUUCUUGAAUAAGUCUUUUAGACGUGCCUUCCUCAUCAUCCUCUGCUGUGAUGAUGAGCGCUACCGAAGACCCUCCAUCCUGGGCCAGACUGUCCCCUGUUCAACCACAACCAUUAAUGGAUCCACGCAUGUGCUAAGGUACACAGUUCUGCACAGUGGACAUCACCAGGAACUUGAGAAACUGCCCAUACACAAUGACCCAGAAUCCUUGGAAUCAUGCUUCUGAUUGAGAACAUGGCUCAUGAUUAAGCCACUCAUUCCCAUUCAUGUCUGCGUGAACAGGACACCCGGCAUCUCUCCUGACUCUCAUCACCACCAGUGAGGCACGAGGUAGUGGGGCCGAGGGCCCAGGGAAGGUACCUGCGGCACAGUGUUGGACAGGACCCAAGGCCAGAAUCUGGAGGCUCUCCGAGUUGAGAAGGGACUUCAGGCAUCGUCAGAUCCAGCCUCCCAUCCAAUGCAGGAGUAGCAUCUUCCGUAGCAUUCCUGGAAGUCGGUCAGUCUCUGCUUGCACACCUCCAGGGACAGGAGCUCACUACCUCCUAAGGCAGUUCCUUCUACUGUAGGGAAGCUUUAAUUAUAGGAAAGUUUUUCCCUUUGUUGGAAGACAAUCCUGUCUCUGCUCCAUCUUCCAUCAGGGGCCAUGCAGUUAGCUCCCCAGUCCCUUUGAGAGCCCUUAGAUAUUGGAAGACACUGAUCUUCCAUCCACCCACCCUUUUAAGUCUUCUCUCCAAACUCAACAGCUCCAAUUUCCUCUCCAUUGCGGCCGUCUUCGGGACAAGCUUUGGUGGGUAAAUUAAUCAAGGCUCUUGUAAUGAAGUCAAGUUGAUAUCAAUGCCAAGAUAUCUGUCCAGAAGCAUUAAAGAGCUGACAAGUGAAACAUCAAUAUUUUCCGGUUGAUAGAUCUGAACAUUUCUCUCUUCUUUUUUCUUGGGGAUAGAUUUGGAAACUGCUCAAGCUUUGAUCUAGGAUCCAUUACCCAAAGGCAUCUUUACUGUUGGUCUCCUUUGUGUGUGUGUUUAAAGAGGGCAUUUUUCUCCUAGGCAUACUGGCUCUGAGAUCAUGUGGAAUGAAUCUCGAUGCAUUUUCCUUCCGUGACAGUGGGAAAGGGAGCCUUCACUGAGAAUGCUGAUUAAGGAUGGUCUUGCCACUCAGAUUUGGCAAGGACACGAACUUGCUCCCAUAAGACACCUUCUAGGGGCUUUCAGGACCCUGCACAGAGGCAGGGCUUGGUCUUGGGCCAGGUGCUUUGCUCCUUGGGGCAAAGACAUAAUCAUGGACCAACUUACUUUCUUGGGAAAAUUCCCUAGCCCCCUCCCUGCCUGUGAAGCUGCUGGGGCUCCAUUUUUUAGCAUCUCACUUCCUCCAAGCCCCUCAGGAGAGGCUCCCCUCCUGUCAAAGC